AUGGGGAAGAAAGCAAAAACUUCAAGAAAAGGAAAGAAAGCAUGGAGAGCCAACAUAAAAACAGAUGACAUCGAUAAUUUCUUCGAGAAAUCAACAAAAGAAGCUCUCACUGGCGGCUCUCUUGCCGAUGUUGAAACCGACUCCCUCUUCUUCGUCGACAAAUCCAAAGAUCUUUCUGUGAAGCGGAAAAUUGAGAAACACAGGGAGAAAGUGCUUCGUUGCGACAGUGUGCUGCAGAAAAACACCUUUGUUCAAGCGGUGCCAUCUUCUACGCUGAAGAAAUGCAAGAAGAAGAAUAAGAAUAAGAAAGAUUCUGAGGCAAAAGAUUCUACUCAAGAUGUUUCCAAGAAUGGUGCUGCUUCGGGUUCUGGGAUGGCUGAUAUAUGGGAAAACGAAGGCGAAUGUGAUGACAAAGCUAGAAAGAUAUCCAAACCUUCAGUUAUUCCAGCAGUGGAAGUUGAGCCUUCGGGAUGCUCAUUCAAUCCAUCAUUUGAAGCUCAUCAGGAUUCUUUGGCUCAAGCGGUUGCAACAGAAAUGCAGAAAGUUUAUCAAAAUGAGUUGGGACCUCAGCCUGUCCCAUUAACUGUUCCUGGGCAAGUAAUUGAUGAAGAAGAUAUGUACUUUCUUGAUGCUGAUAAUGGGAAUGAUGAUGAUGAUGAUGAUACAAAUGAAAAGAAUGAGGAUUCUGCUCAAGAGCAAAGGUCCAAUAAAAAAAAGAGGGUGACACGAGUUGAGUUGAAUAAGAGAGCUAGGCGUAAAGAACAGGAGAAGAAAGAAGCAGAAGCCAAAAAGAAGCAGGGACUUUCCAAAGAGAUUGACUGUUUGCCAGAUAUCAUUCAAGAAAUAGCGAAAGAGGAUGAGGAGAAGCAUAAAAGAAACACCCGGCGAUUAGUAGCUAAGCAAGAAAGACUAAAGGCGCGUCCGCCUCGCUUGGGAAAGCACAAGGAUCUCAAGGAGAUAGAAACUGGGGUUUCCCUUCUGGAGAUUCUUGUCUUUGUAGCUUCUGACAAGGCAGAGAUGUAUACCUCAUGGCAUCGAGCACGAGAAGAAGCGGCCUAUUUGUGUCGUUUAAAUCCUCGAAAUGUUCAAUCUCGCAUCUCAUCAUCGCCAUUCGGUAAAAGAGAUGAGCUAUCCGUUGAAGAAGACGCUGAGAGAAAAAUUGGGUGGUUAUUGAAAUUAAUCUUUGUCGGGACCGCAACCUUUGUUGGUUAUCAGUUCUUUCCUUACAUGGGAGAUAAUAUGUUGCAACAGUCGGUUUCGCUUUUGCACGUUAAAGAUCCCUUCUUUAAGAGAAGUGGGGCUUCUAGAUUAGCCCGUUUUGCCAUUGAUGAUGAAAGAAGGAUGAAAAUAGUGGAGAUAGGUGGGGCUCAAGAGUUAUUGAACAUGUUGGAAGCUGCAAAAGAUGACAGCACCAGGAAAGUAGCUUUGAAAGCUCUUGCUGCCCUCUCACAGUCAGAUGAAGCUGUUGGAGCUUUGCACCAUUCUGGGGCAAUCUCGGUGAUAAAGUCUAUCUCAGAUUCCACCGAGGAAGCAGAAAUUGAGAAAUUCAAGGCUAGCUUGCUGAAGAGAUUCCAGGAUCUGAGAUAUGAUAAUUCGUCUUAA